UAUCCCUCUACCGAACCCAUCGUAACAUUCAUCGCUUGUCUCAGAUAUGAAGCUCGACGCUACAGAUCUGCGGUACAUCCUCCCAGAGGAAUUCCGCAUCCUCAAAGCCGUAGAGCAGGGUUCGCGCGCCCACCAUGUCGUACCCGCUUCAGUCAUUGCCCAGCUCUCGGGCUUGCAGCAUUCCGGACUGAACAAGGUCAUGGGCAGUCUGGCAAAGAGGAAUCUCAUUGCCAGGGAGCAGCACAUCAAGUACGACGGAUACCGACUGACGUAUGGAGGAUACGACUUCCUAGCUGUAAGAGCGUUGAAAGAGAAGGAGCAUGUAGAAGCUGUUGGACACAGGGUUGGUGUGGGUAAAGAAAGUGACAUCUAUCUCGUAUCCGCUGGAGCUCCUGACUAUGAGAAUCGCAUCCUGAAGAUUCACCGCCUGGGUAGGAUAUCUUUCCGAGCGGUGAAGGAGAAGCGAGACUACACCAACAAAAAUGCCAAUCGCCAGAACUUCAGCUGGAUGUUCCUCAGCCGAUUGGCCGCUGCAAAGGAGUACCAAUUCAUGCAGGCGCUCCAUGAGCAUGGAUUCCCGGUUCCUAUACCCUAUGGUCAGUCCCGCCACUCGGUGGUGAUGUCUCUGAUCGGCGCAUACCCUCUACGCCAAAUAGCGGAGAUCCCGAAGGAUCAGAUCCCUCUACUAUACUCGGCUCUCAUGAGCCUGAUCGUACGCCUGGGCAAAGCAGGUCUCAUCCACGGAGAUUUCAACGAAUUCAAUCUCCUCAUCAGGGAGAAGCGGACGCCAGAAGAGGAUGAGCAUGAGCAACCUCAUGAUCCGUUCAAGCAGUAUCCUUCCAACGGGCCUUUUGGGCAAAAGGUUGGGACUGAGCCGCCGCCACAGCUAGCAGAGGGCGAGAAGUGGGAAGAGGGCAAAGGCUUUGCAAGGGUCGUUGCUACAGCCGCGACAAGCGCAAAUGGUGGACCCUCAAAUGGUUCUGACGACGAGGACGAGGAACCUCAAGAGUCCGAAGAUGAAGAUGCAGUGAAUCAAGACGAGUCGCCCAUCCACCUUUCCGAUGGCGCAACGGUCGAGCCAAUCCUCAUCGACUUCCCACAGAUGAUCUCUGUGCUGCAUCCCAACGCAGACUACUACUUCAAUCGAGAUGUCCAAUGCGUUCGUCGAUUCUUCAGACGGCGCUUCAGGUUCAUCAGUGAGGAAUUCCCCAAGUUCAGGGAUGUGCGGCCGGGAGAUGUCAAGGAGGUACCUCCGUCUUCCGACAAGAUGGCUGGCGAAGAAGCAAGCUUGGAUGAUGAUAAUGCCGACCUUGGUGUCUACCUCGAUCUGGAUGUCCUCACCAAGGCGAGCGGGUAUUUGACCGAGGUCAAAAAGCGGGGGGAGUACGAAGAGCUGGAUCAAUACAUGGCGCGAAUGCGGAUGGAUGGCAGCGGAGAUGAGGGCUUGAGCGAAGACGACGAAGAGGAAGAAGAGAGCGAAGAAGACGAGGAGGCAGAGGAAGACGAUCUCGAAGGCCAAGGAGCCAACGGCGAGUCCAAAGCCCUCGAUCUGAUGCCUCCGUCGGAGGUGGAUCCCCCUCUUGGCCCACGGUGCAAGCGCAAGCCGGCUGCUACGAAGGUGGUCGACGAAGAGGAGAUCGGCUCUCAUGCCAAGCUGAUCGCACAACGGAUUGCCAAUGAGCGCUCGACUCGGAAGAAGCAGGAGCUGAAGCACCACAGCAAGGGCAAGACAGGCCGGACGCACCCCGGUGGCAAGGGCAGGAGCGAGAGCGUCAAGGAUGCGUCAGUCUUUUAA